CGGGUAAAAUGGGUCAAAGGUUAGGGUUUUUUUCUUCGCGUGGCUGUGGACAGAUUGUCGUCUGAAAUUUUGUCAAAUUCGGUGAUCUAAACGCGGUCAGACAUGCUUGCUGAGCCGAGACGGCGUCAAAAGUGGUCGGCUGAUCCGCGAGGGGCCGCCUGGAGCAACGAUGACUCCAAGUUUGGUCAGAAGAUGCUGGAGAAAAUGGGUUGGCAGAAGGGUAAGGGCCUGGGUGCCAAGGAGGACGGGAUGACCCAACAUGUGAAGGCCUCCCGUAAGUUUGACCAGACCGGCCUGGGGUGCAGCGCUGACCAGGCUGAGAACUGGAUAGCUCAUCAGGAGGACUUCGAUGCACUUCUGGCAGGUCUAAAUGCCAGUCAUGGAGCCACAGGCAACGGAGAGGCUGAAUCGAGCACAAAGACCAUCAGUAUUGAGGAGAAGUCCAAGUCUUCGAAGAGGCGGGUUCAUUACCACAAGUUUACCAGGGGGAAGGAUCUCUCCAGCAUGAGUCAAGCUGACUUAGCGUGCAUCAUGGGUAAAAAAGCCAGCCAAUCAGAGCCAGUCACUCCCAACCAAUCAGAGCCGGCUACACCGAGGAGCCAAUCAGAUGCUGAGGAUGAGGACAGCGCUGCUUCCUGUCCACCAAUGGACAAUCAUUAUGGAGUAACCACCAUCACAAAGUCUCAGAGCAUACAGGAUUACUUUGCACAGAAGAUGGCAGAGUUAAAGAAGUUACGGUCAGGAGGAGAGGUUGAAAAUCAAGAUGGUGAUGCUAAAGAUGAAAGUUCAGAGCCUCAAGUUGAGAGCUCCUCAGAACGGAAGUCAAAGAAAAAGUCCAAAAAAAGAAAAUACAAGGAGCAGGAAGAUGAGAACGUCAGUUCUGAAAGUGAGGGGGUGAAAGAAAGUACUUCCAUCAGAAAGAAAAAGAAGAAAGAACGCAAAGAAGAAAACAAUGAGCUGCCUGAAAUGGAAGUGACAAGUCAAGAAGACAGCCAGAAGAAAAAGAAGAAGAAAAGGAAGAAGGAGAAAGAACAAGAAGUUCUUGAGCAGCAACAGGAAGUUCUUGAGGAACUUGAAAGCAGUGAGGGGAAAAGAAAGAAGAAGAAAAAGUCUAGGGACACGGUAGAGAGCCUGGAAGAUACGACACAUGGUGAAAGUAUUACAUGUGAAGAGAGUAAUAGUAAGAGCAAAAAGAAGAAAAAGAAAAGUAAGAAGGAAAAGUUACAAGAUGAUUAACUUCUUCACUGAUAUGUCCCUUUAGGAAUUAUAACUCAGAUAUCUCUGAUGUAAGCCCCAGUAAUACACUACUGUAUCUCAGGGGUUGUCUUGCAUGGGCAGUCUCAUAUGAUCUACACCAUCUAGCAAUGACAUCUAUUGAACUUGAAAUGAACUGCAGCAUUAUGGUCUUUUCCAAUGAUUUUACUCAACAUGGCUAGACUAAAGCAUCGUGACUGGUAUGUGGUUCCAAAAUAAAUGUACAUGUGUCUGUAACUAUUCCAACAUAAUUAAUUACAUACAUUAGUAACAAAUAUUAUACCCUAUAGGCCUCUUGAAACACAGAUUUCACUGUUGCAGAGCUCAAGUGAUUCAUAGAACGUGUGCAUGAUUCACUUGUGUUUAUGAUAACUACAACCUAGCAAUGUUUGGAACAAAAAUGCAUUGAAUGGAUUUCUAUGGUGUAAUUCAGAAUGUGGAUGAGAUGAAUUCAUUAAACGAGGUAUUGUGUGAUGAAAAGAGAAAAUGGAAUAGCUGCUUUCCUUGCAUGAUGUUUACUUGUCUUAAUUUAUAAUUACAGAGUUGCUAUAGCUACAUCAACAUAGAUACAGCACAAUAGAAGCAAUUAUCAUGGAUAGCAAAGAAGAAUCUAUUGUAUACUCUACCUUUCAAGGUUUGUGAUGUAAAAUACGAUACUAACAAUGGAGGAAGCAUUGGUUGAAUAGUACUUGUACUUUACAUUAAUAUUAUAUGAAAUAAGUAGGAAAUUGACUUUGUAAGAAUAUUGUGUGAUGAGUCUUCAUGAAAUUUUGAAUGGUACCUUAAAUUGAUUUAUUUCA